GAUAAGAGUUUUUAAAAUUUGAUGACUUAUCCUCCAGUAAAAUAAAUAAAUUUAAUAAAAUUUAUUGAUUAAUUUAAAUAAAAUAAAUUAAAGUGAUGUCUUCUUAAAAUAUCUUGAUGUUACAUUACCAAGUAUCCUUAAGACAUUACAUUUUACACAAACAUGGAAGUUAAGAAUCCACAAGUAGCUGUAUUAAGUAAUUAUGAGGCAUUUCAACUUCUAAAAAAAGCUCAAGAAAAUAACAAGCUAAUAGGAGGUAUGAGUCAUUCAACAAUUUUAUAUGAGGUUUUCAAACACUUGGAACAUAAACCAUGUGCGGGUCAAAGUGAGAGUAAAAUAAAAGAAUUCUUAAUGCAAUUAAGAGACAUGCCAAUAAAUCUAACAAAAAAAGAAAAACUAAUGCUUGUUAAUGACCCACCUGAUACAAUUUUACAACUAUCAUUGAUUAUAAAAGACUUCUAUGAUAGACUGAGUGAACAAGAAACAGAACUGUUGUUAAAUGCAUCCAAAACAUUUUGUGAAGAAAAUAGCCAAUUUACAACUGAUGAAUCAAAUGUAGAUCUUGCACCAUCAUAAAAUGUUGAUUGAUAAUUUUCAUUUCAUUAAAUGUCAUUUUUUAUUUUAUAAAUAGCAUUGAUUUCAAUUUGAUUGAAAAUGUGUACAUUGAUUUUAACUAGAAUGGAACAUUAAAUAAAAUAACAAAUUAUAAAUUUAAAAUUAAGAAG